AUGGAAGACCGCGAUAUUGAAAUUGAAAAGUGCCGAGAAAUGCUAAAGUGGUUUAUUCAAGAUAGCAAAAAUAAAAAUUCGCCCUCAAAUCCGAAUACUCCCGCUACUAUUACUAGACCUGGAUCUCUAAAUAUACCAGAAGAAAGCUUUAUAAAGAGAUGAAGGCGUAGCGACAAACUUUUUGAUGGAAAAUACUCGUCUUCAGGAGCUUCAACCCCUCAGACACCAGCAACGCCAAUUCAUGAUAUAGAAAAUCGAUUACGCUCACACAAUACUCCAUUAGGUGCAAAAAGCGGGGGAAAUAAGUAUUAUUUUGGCAAAGAAAACCAAGCAAGUGAUUGGGAAGAUGAUUAUAAUGUAUAUUGACUGAGAAAAAUAAGGGAAUAUUUUAUAAAUAAAUAUUUAUAAUGAUAAAAUUCCCUUUGCAAGGUAUAUCAAGAUACUAUGAAGAUUUUACUGAAUUAAAUACAAUAGGCUCAGGAAGCUUUGGAACUGUUUUUCAAUGCAGACACAGGCUUGACGGGCUGCUUUACGCAGUGAAAAAAGUCCCUAUGACAAGAAAAAAUAAAGCAGCUCGAGAUAAAGCUUUACAAGAAGCCUUAACCUUAGCUGCGUCGUCUUCAUUUGACGAUAACACAUAUAUCAUUAGAUAUCAUAGUGUUUGGAUCGAAAAAGACAAUUUAUUUGUGUCUAUGGAACUUUGUGAUUGCAGCUUAUCAAGCUAUAUAGAAAGAGUAGGCAAAAUCACUGAGCAAGAACUCCGAAAAAUAAUGCGAGAUCUAUGCAAAGGCUUAAAAAAACUCCACGCAAGAAAUAUCGUCCAUCUAGACAUCAAGGCAGAAAACAUUUUAUAUAGUUUUACACACAAAUUCAAAUUAGCUGAUUUAGGACUAGCAAGAAUCACCACAAAUAUAUCAGGCGAAGUCCCUGAAGGUGAUAAUCGAUAUUUAGCUCAGGAAUUAUUAAAUAUUAUGCCAAACGACCCUGAAUCAAUUCCUGACCUCACAAAGGCGGAUAUAUUUUCAUUAGGAGCGACUAUGUUAGAAAUAAUGAGAGAUGAAGAGCUUCCUGGGAAUGGAAAAGAAUGGCAUGAUAUUCGGGAUGGAAAUUUUAAUAUUCCUGGAGGAUUUUCUGCAGAGAUUAAAAAGACAGUGAAAAAAAUGAUGAGCAAAAAUCCAGCUGAUAGGCCGACAGCUGAGGAGUUGCUGAAUGAGGUUUUAGUAUCAAAAACAAAGCAGGAUUUGAAAAAGUAUAAAAGCUAUUCCAAGUAUUUAGAAAGGACUUUGGAGAUUUUUGACUGCCCUUAUAAAAAGCGCAAGCUUUCUAUUUAA